AAGGCUGACAUGAAUGGCACAUGUAGACAAGGGACAACCAAUGACAGGCAUUCGCGAGUCUGCCUACGAAUGCUGUGUCGGUCAAAUACAUGCAUUCAAAUGCUUUAUUGCGAAUGCAUUAAAAAUAUAAUUUUUUCCGAAUCCCAGUUAUAAAACCAAGCUCUCUGAAUCAGAUUUCUUCCCAACGCCAUUUGCAAAUUUUCUCCAAAACUUCAUACGUUCUAAUAGCUGAAAAAUCACCAAAGAUGGAUAGGGUCAUUGCUUUUGUGUUUUCUAGAGGUAGAGUUUUCAAUGGCAAUCAAGGUGUCAUUUUUGAAGGUCAAACAAGGUCCAUGCAUCUCAAAUGCAACAUCACAUUCGACCGCUUGAAGAGUAAAAUCCAUGAGAGGUUGAAGCUCCAAAGAAACCAAGUAAUUUCUAGAGUCAUUUGCAGAUUUAUGACUAACUCAAAUCCGAUCUUUUUUUCACCUCUUGAGCUAGUUGAUAAUCAAGAUGUGAGUGUCAUGAUGGAUGAAUUUCGUCAGCAGUCUUUCAUGACAACGCUAGAGUUAUACGUUGAUAUUGCUGAAGCUGGAAGUUCAUCAAUACCGGCCUCAACCAAUCCGAUAAGUGCGCAGCAGGCAUUCGCUCAUGAAGCCGGUGGUAGCCGUGGCGUUGAGGAGGUUGUUCAUUUGGGUGAUGACACAGUGAAUUUGGAUGAUGAUUAUGACUACCAUGACACUGAUAAUGUGGAUGGUGAGGAGAUUGUAUCUUCAGAUGAUCAUGAUGAAGAUGAAAGAUUGGGUGACAGAGGUGACUCGUCCGACUCGGACGAGGGUGGCUUUGACGGCAAUCUCGGACCUCCUAUUGGAUUACCGACGCCGGUGAAUGUUUCUCCCGAAACGCAUGGCGUCCCAGCCCCAUUUUGGAAUGAGUCUCCACACUAUUCAUAUAUUAACUGGGAACACCCCGAUGAAGAGACAGAUUUCUAUACUGGCGGGGAUGAUCAGACAUCGUGGCAGCUAGGUGAUGAAUUAUAUAUAAACCAGUGUUUUGAGACCAAGAAAGAUGUCCAGAUGGCCCUCAAGCAUUAUUGUUUUAAGCUAAAUAUAACUUAUAUUGUGGCUGAAUCCAAACCCACAUACUUUGUGGCAAGAUGUCCGAAUGGGUGCUCUUGGAAGUUGAGGGCCAUGUGUUCUAAAAAAACUGGAAUGUGGACGGUAACUAGGUGGGGCGGUCAGAAUACAUGCAUCAAUACGAUAGCGUCGCAGGACCAUAAGAAGAUGACAUCCGACUUUAUCUGUUCAUUCAUUCUUGAGAUGAUACGUACCCAUCCUACUGUACCUGUUUCUCUUAUUCAAGAGAGGAUCACUGGUGUGCUCAAGUAUAAAGUAUCAUACUUUAAAGCCUGGAAAGCGAAGCAGAGAGCAGUUGCACAGAUCUUUGGUGACUGGGAAGAGUCAUAUGACUUGCUCCCUAGAUGGCUGAAUUAUAUGCUUCGGUUUUCCCCUGGGUCCUAUUACGCAAUAUCCACAAGUGAUAUUAUCGACUGUAAUGGUAAUGUAGUUGUCGGUUCAAAGACAUUUAAACGUGUGUUUUGGACCUUCAAACAAUGUUGUGAUGCUUUCGAGUACUGCAAGCCUGUGAUACAGAUUGAUGGGACAUGGCUCUACGGCAAGUAUAGUGGAACUUUACUCAUUGCAACAACACAGGACGAGAACAACAAUGUUUUGCCAAUUGCAUUUGCAAUUGUCGAGGGGGAAAAUCUGAGCUCCUGGUCAUGGUUUCUACGCUUGAUACGUAUGAAGGUCACCCAAAAACAGGGUAUAUGUUUGAUAUCUGACAGACACGCUGGCAUCAAGGCGGCAGUACGCAAUCCCGCUAACGGGUGGCAGCCACCAAACGCUUAUCAUGUUUACUGCAUCCGCCACAUUGCCAGCAAUUUUAAUCGUACGUUCAAGAAUCAAAAGCACAAGCUUGACCUGAUCAAUAUGGGUUACGAGCCUUGUCCAUAUCUUUUUCAGAGACAACUCCGCCGGUUUCGAGGAAUAAGUCCAGCUAUCAGAGAUUGGAUUGACCGCAUCGACAAUCAGACAUGGAGUCGAGCAUGCGAUGAGGGUGGGCGUCGAUACGGCCAUAUGACAACAAACUUAUCUGAGGCCGUUAACAAAGUGUUGAAGGGUGCAAGAAAUAUGCCUAUAACUGCAUUGGUGAAAUGCACGUACGGGAGGAUGGUGGAUUACUUUGUUCAGAGAGGUCAGGCAACAGCUCGUGAAAAGGCCGCUGGCCACAUAUUCUGUAAAAAGGUCAUUGUAGCCAUAGAAAAGAAUGUUCUACUUGCAGGUGCUCAUAUCGUGCGCACAUACAGCAUCGAUCCGCAUACUUUGCCAACACCGUUCCGGUAG